UUUCCGUGAUGCACGAUUGCAUCAGGUCAUGAUUCGCGCACGUCUUGCAGCGCGUGUAUGCUUCACAAUACACCACCACAUGGCCAACAUCCGCCCAGAGCAGCCAGCCACGCGGGUGGUAUGCUGCGGUGCGAAGCGGCCCCGAUGCACGCCUCGUGCCCGACACGCAUUUCGUCUUUACUCGAGGUAGUGCUCGUAUAGCUCCUCGUCCCGAGGCAACUAGUUACAUGCCCGCCGCGCUACUCAUUCAGCUCCCUCGACAUCCACAAGCAUCCGCUCCACUCUGGUCCGAGGUAGAGCGUACGUUGGUCGAAUACGACGGAGGGCGCGCGCGUUCGAUAUUGCGCGGCUUGAUGAUUGGAGGUAUGACCCCUAGCCAAGAUGAGCGGAUGCUCGUUCUCGCUCUCGUCGCUGAUGCCCGCACAAUACCAUUCUCACGCAUCAACUGCGGCGUUCUGAAAGACAUUUCAAACGCUGGCGUGAGCAAGCCGCGCUUUGACUAGGGCUCCAUCACUCUUUUCGGUGUUGUCAUCACGUGAAUCAUGCAGUCUUGUCUGCUUUAGCGAGCAGCAAAAGACCUCUUUGGACUACUACGUCGCACCGGCUGAUUUUCCCUUGAACUCGCCCAAGCAAUCAUCGUCAUCGUCGUCUGAUGGCCCAUGCAUGCACUGCCCCACCCCUCGAAAAGGGCAAUCCCAUCUCCCUUCUCAACGUACUCAUGAUUGCGAGCACGCCCAGGCAACGUUUCGCCAAACGCCACUCGCAAGUGGGCGUGGUUCGCGUGCCUGUCGUCUCUUAUUGUCGCCAUCUCUUACCGCUUUCACAAGGGAGCGGAAAAGAAGAAACGGUGCGACGUCGACUGGUGCGGGCCGGCCGCGAUUACGAGGCUCGUUCAAAGUACGCAAGGUGAUGGGGG